AUGUCUGACUCAUCAUUCAAGAAUCGCUUAAGCGAAGAUGAUUUCUCAGAUAUUGUCAAGAUAUCACCCCCUAACUCAUCAGCAACUUUAUCUUCGUACGGUACAGUCGAUGAAUCAAGUAUAAAAUCAGAACCUGUUUCCUCUGAUCACUCUUCUUCUCUGUCUGGUUCUGGUUCUGGUUCUGGCACCAGAAGCAACUCCAACCGCUCUUCCUCUGGCUCCUCCGUCUCGACCGACCAGAGCAAUUCGAAAGUACCGAUCUAUUCCAGUAAGCCAAUUCCAAUUGACAGUAGAAAAACACCCACCGAAACCAUCAAGAAGGAGGUCAAACCUGAUGGGGAGAUACUCAAGGACGUCUCAGGUGUGGUUGAAGAUACAGUCCGUAAAGUAAGACAACAAUCUGAUAAACUUCAAGUCGCCGCUCAGCCGUACGCGGAUAAGACCCGAUGUUUCGCUGAAACAAGACCUGUCCUAUUCACCUUCAUUGCUAUUUGGGCAGGAUUCUCCAUGAUCCCUCUCUUGGUAUUCCUCGGCUUCGCUUUAGCUACGACUGUAUUUAUCGUCUCAACGGCUGUGUUCUUCUCGGGUCUUGUCAUUAUUGGGACAGUGUUAACGGGAGUCGCUGCCUUCAUUGGUACUCUCCUGUUUGGCGCUGCAAUCCUGACCCCAAUCCUUUUCAUCACCACGCUCCUGGCCCUAGGAACACUCACCACGCUCCUAGGUCUAUUCCUCGUCCAUAGAUUAUACCUUCACGUGUCUAUCUCCAGUUCCGAAGAAGGAUGGACGACUUCAGCUUUGAGUGUAGGAAUCAAAUCAUGGGCGGAGGAAACCUUUCAAAGAGUGCAGUCUUCUUUACCUGUUUUUCAGAAAACCAAAAUCAUUGAAAUAGGUUACGACACCGGAUCUGGAAAAGGGCUAAAAUGGGAUCUUGUCGAAAACGUCAAUACAAGAGGAGAUGUCAAUCCAAUAAUCAACGAAAAAGUUGAUAAACCUGAGGUUGAAGAUGCUUAUAAUUCGAGUGAUCUUUCGAGUUCGGGCUCUACGUCAACAGCAGCACCAUAUUUGAACGAGAAAGGUCUGCGAGGAGGGAACAGAGAGGAUAUCCCAAGAGUAGACGAUUGGUCGGAGAAACCAAACUUUAGGUAG